UAUCCUUACUGGUGACCAUCAUCAUCAGUUAGCUCUACUUUUGGAACACAAGAAACUAAGAGAAGAAUGCAUAUUACUGAAAUGUUUUCUUCUCCGAAGAAAGAAGAUGAUGAUUCAGGCCAAGGCUUUCGUUUUGACAAGUCUCUCCAGGAACUGAGAGAUUUGCGGUCUCAGCUUCAUUACGCUGCGGAUUACUGUGAAACAACAUUUUUAAACUCUGAAGAGAAGAAAACUGUGGUGGAAAACACAAAAGAAUACCUAUGCAAGGCAGUUGUCACUUUCGUUGAUCAUCUGGGAAACGUCUCUGCUAAUCUAAAUCACUCCAUUUCCCAGACUAAUUCAUUUUCCGAGGCUGAGCUCCGCAUCAAUUGCCUCCAUCAAAGACUUCUCUCAUGCCAACAAUUUGCUCACAAUCUUGCUCUAACCAGAGUCAAAUGGAACCCCAUUUUGUCAAGACAUAACCGGCGUUAUUUAUCUGCACCAACAUUAGCAGCUGUAGAGAAAUCAAAUGAAAACUCAAGGGCUACCAUUUCUGCAAUUCCUGGAAAGCUCGUAAACAAGCAUGAACUUGACACGGAAGGAGUCCCACUUUUUUUCUUCACUUGUACCGACAAGCCUUCACUAUCUAAGAGUCCAUCUCUCAAAUCAAAUUGUGACGAAAGUAACUCUGAUUCAACAUUGGUGCCUGUCCGUGAUGGGUUCUCGAUGCUAUCAAAGGGUUCAAAUCCUACAUUCCAUUUCCAGCAAGGAAAUAAAAAACAUGGACGCAAAAGCUUGUAUAGAAAAUCAUUGCCGAGUGCUGAUAUCUUAUCUUUCAUUCGACGGGCAAGAAGAUCAGCUGCUUGAUAAAAAACCUGAAAGGGAAAAUCUAUGUCUUAGCUUCCGCACCGCAUGUUUUUAGUUUUAGUUCAUCAUUUGGUGUGUUAAAUAACUGGUAUGGCUUGUUUUAGGGUCGAGAUCAUGCUGAAUAUUACUCGAUGUAAAGGUCUAUUAUUGAAGAUAUCUUGUAAUAUAUUAAUGUGUUUUCACUAUA